UUGAGGGGUCGAAAGAUCAUGGCCGACCCUCCAGUUGGUGAAGAAAUUAUCAUUGACAUUCCCCUAAUUGACACUUCAACCAAAUUGCGCGCUCCGGAUUGGCCCGAAUGCUGUAUCUACAGGGUUCUCAAGCUACUGCGCAAGGUAAAUGAAGAAGCCUACACCCCUAAGCUAAUCUCAAUAGGCCCCUUUCAUAACAACCGAGAAGAAUUGAGGGACAUGGAAAUUCACAAAGAGAGAUAUUUUAGGGAUUUCUUGGAUCGAACUAAGAAGAGCCAGGAGGAUCUUCGAAAGAUCAUUGAAGACAACGAAAAAGAUAUUCGUCUUUGCUAUUCAGAAGCUUGUCGCCUCAAUAGUAGAGAUUUUGUAAAAAUGAUUCUAUUAGAUGCCAUCUUUAUAAUUGAGCUCUUCUUAAAGCUGGCAAAUGGUAUAUAUCAUGACUUGCUAUUGCUUGAGAAUCAGCUUCCUUUUUUUGUUCUUGAGAAACUAUAUAUGUUCGCCUGCAAGAACUAUUUACAUUUGAGUUGCAACCAUCGUGAAAAAGGAAAGUCAAUUGCAGAACACAAAAAGGACCUGGAAGGGAAAAAGGAUGCUCCCUUUGUCAAGCUUUUCUGCAAUUACUUUACUUACUAUGAUCAAAAGCGAAAGUGUUGGGAACGCUUUCCGUGCUUCAUUGCUUGCUUACCAUGGAAGUGCUCGGGAAGCUUUCCGAGCUUAUGCCUCUUUGCUUGCUUACCCUGCUUGAUGGGCUUUCAAUCCUUGACAAGCUUACUUGGGUGGUUUCCUAUGCAUAUCUUAGAAGUCCCACAACUUGUGAUAGACUACGGUACUGAAGCUAUUUUCCGAAACCUCAUGGCCCUGGAGCAGUGUCAUUAUCCAUCUAAAACUUAUAUCUGCAGUUAUGUUUUGCUAUUGAACCGUCUUAUUGACACUGAAAAAGAUGUGGAUUUGCUUGUUGAUAACAAGGUCAUUGCUCACCGCCUCGGUAGCAACACUGAAGUGGCGACUCUAAUUAACAAACUCGGAGAUCAGAUAUUCGUGGCACCUACACCCUCUUAUUUUGAGAAUAUCGCUCAAAAGCUUAAUGACCACUAUGAGUUCCCUUUGAACCGUUUCUUGGCAACCCUGAAAAAAGAGUAUUGCACCAAUGUUUUUAGAGGCACAGCAACUAUUGUUGGACUUAUUGUCCUGGGUUUCACUCUCUGGAGUUUCAUUAGGUCUCUUGUCGACGAGUAG